UUCAGUAUCAAGCAAUAACAACAUGAGUAAGUGUUUAGUGGUAUUUCUAGUAAUAAUAGCUGAUUUAAGCGAAUGUAAGAAACUGCCUGCAAGUUUCAAAAAAUGUAGCAGAAAUGACAAUCAAUGUUUAACACUUUCAAUUAAAGAUGCUUUAGAACAAUUAACAGUUCCGAUAAAAGAAGUGGGUUUGCCCAGUUUAGACCCAUUGGAAAUCCCAGCAUUGAGCAUCGGUGCUGGUACUGGACCUGUCCAGUUCAACCAAAACUACAAAAAUUUCAAAAUCUACGGCUUUACGAAAGUGGAGUCAAUUAAUGCAACUCUGACCGAAAAUAUUUUGAAAAUUGAUUUACAUGUCUUGGAAACUCUGUCAGAUUUUGAAUAUGAAGUCGAUGGCAAAAUUUUGAUUUUUCCGAUUAAAGGGAAAGGAACGGGCAUGAUCACUGUUGAUAAACCAGAGUUUAUACUUACUUUCAACUUAGAAGAAUAUGAGAAGGAAGGUGAAAAAUAUUUAAAAGUUAUCAAUAAAACACUGUCCAUUAAGCCACAAAAAAUGCAUUUCGAAUUCUCGAAUGAUCUGUUUGGUGGGGAUAAGGAGUUCACUAAUAUAGUAAAAACAGCCAUGAAUGAAAAUUGGAAAGACAUUUAUGCCGAUGUAGGACCUAGUUAUGAGGAAGCUUACGGCCAAAUUUUUAUGUCUAUAUUUAAUAAUCUUCUAAGUAAAGUCCCAAUUUCUGAACUGUUUAAUAGCUAAAUCUUAACAGAGUAAUAAGAAAUAAAACUGAGAAUUAGUUUCACAGCA